GACGGAAGUAACAGCGAGCCGGAAGCCAGGGCCAUCACAGGGAGAGAAGUGGGGAGGGGGGAGGAGGAAGACUCAGGGUGGGAAUGGCGGCUCAAAUUCCAAUUGUGGCCACCACUGCCACUCCGGGGAUAGCCCGGAACAGCAAGAAGAGGCCAGCCAGUCCUUCCCAUAACGGCAGCAGCGCCGGGGGAUACAGCGCCAGUAAGAAGAAAAAAUCGGCCGCUUCUAGCUUUGCGCAGGGUAUCAGCAUGGAAGCCAUGAGUGAGAAUAAAAUGGUGCCCUCUGAUUUUAGCACAGGACCUAUGGAAAAAACUGCUAAACCUUUGCCAUUUAAGGAUCUCAACUUUGUGCACUCAGGCCAUGGUGGUGCAGUAGCUGGCAAGAAGAACAGAACCUGGAAGAACCUGAAACAAAUCCUGGCUUCUGAAAGGGCAUUGCCGUGGCAACUAAAUGAUCCGAACUACUUCAGUAUUGAUGCUCCUCCAUCCUUCAAACCAGCUAAGAAGUAUUCUGAUGUUUCAGGUCUUCUGGCCAACUACACUGACCCUCAGAGCAAGCUUCGCUUCAGCACUAUUGAAGAGUUUUCCUACAUUCGGAGGCUGCCAUCUGACGUUGUCACAGGUUACCUGGCCCUGAGAAAGGCCACAAGCAUCGUUCCCUGAGCCUUCAGAAGUGAAGGUGAAGUGCAAAACUGUUUCAGAAGCAGACUUUGGACUCAUGGUUUUGUUUCAUGGAAACAAACUCAUUCUGCUGUCAAUCUGGAAAUGUCAGUGUUGUGUCUUGGAAAGAAUGUUUGGCUUUAAUUUAAGCGGUUUUUUUUUUUCCCUCUAUGAUUUUCCUCCAAGUGUGAUAUUUCCUGUUGAGUUGAAUUAUACUUCAUUUGUCACCUCACGUAAAGUUGUUUGACAAGGAAAUACAAAAUUGUGCUUUUAAUUUAA